GCGCGGGGCCGGCGGCGAGCGGCUGCAAUGGCGGCCAGCGCCAAGUCCUUCCUGGCCGACGCGGGCUAUGGCGAGCAGGAGCUGGACGCCAACUCCGCCCUCAUGGAGCUGGACAAAGGCCUCAGGUCUGGCAAACUCGGGGAGCAGUGCGAAGCCGUCGUUCGCUUUCCCAGGCUCUUCCAGAAAUACCCGUUCCCUAUUCUCAUCAACUCGGCGUUCCUAAAGCUAGCCGAUGUUUUCAGAGUGGGCAACAACUUCCUGAGGCUGUGUGUACUGAAAGUUACCCAGCAGAGUGAGAAGCACUUAGAGAAGAUCCUAAAUGUGGAUGAAUUUGUCAAGAGAGUUUUCUCAGUAAUCCAUAGCAAUGAUCCGGUUGCUCGGGCUAUUACACUCCGGAUGCUAGGCAGCAUGGCAUCUAUCAUUCCAGAAAGGAAGAAUGCACAUCACAGUAUUCGUCAGAGUUUGGAUUCCCAUGAUAAUGUGGAAGUUGAAGCUGCUAUAUUUGCUGCUGCCAACUUUUCUGCACAAUCUAAGGAUUUUGCUGUUGGAAUAUGUAAUAAAAUCAGCGAGAUGAUUCAAGGUUUGGCCACACCUGUGGACUUGAAGCUGAAGUUGAUCCCUAUUCUGCAGCACAUGCACCACGACGCGAGCUUGGCCUCCAGCUCCCGGCAGCUGCUGCAGCAGCUGGUGACAUCCUACCCCUCCACCAAGAUGGUCAUUGUCACCCUGCACACCUUUACUCUGCUUGCUGCUUCUUCUUUGGUUGAUAUUCCCAAGCAGAUCCAACUUCUGUUGCAGUACUUGAAAAAUGACCCCAGGAAGGCUGUGAAGAGGCUUGCAAUCCAGGAUUUGAAGUUAUUGGCCAACAAGACACCACAUACAUGGAGCAGAGAAAAUAUUCAGGCACUCUGUGAAUCUGCUCUUAACACUCCUUAUGACAGCUUGAAAAUGGGCAUGUUAUCUGUUCUUUCCACAUUAUCAGGGACCAUUGCCAUUAAACAGUACUUCAGCAGUGCUCCAGGAGCAGCAGCUACAACUGCAAGAUUUGAUUUGGUAAAACUAGCACAGGAGUGCUGUUACCACAAUAACCGUGGCAUUGCAGCUCAUGGAGUGAGAAUCCUGACCAAUAUAUCAGCCUCUUGCCAGGAGAAAGAUCUUCUGCCUUUGGAGCAAGAUGCAGUUUUUGGCUUAGAAGCUCUUCUUGUUCUUUGUAGUCAAGAUGACAGCCCAGGAGCCCAGGCUACCUUAAAGAUCACGCUGACUUGCAUGGUGAAGCUGGUGAAGUGCCGCCCUCACCUGAGCCAGUCCGUGGUGGAAUCCCUGCUGACACAGCUGCACAGUGCCCAGGACAAUGCCAGGAUCCUCAUGUGCCACUGCUUAGCAGCCAUUGCCAUGCAGCUGCCUGUCUUGGCAGAUGGGAUCCUAGGAGACCUAAUGGACCUCUAUAAAUUAAUUGGACAAUCUGCCACAGAUAAAAAACAGGAACUCUUGGUUUCUCUUGCCACAGUGAUAUUUGUUUCCAGUCAGAAAGCUUUGUCCACAGAAAUCAAAACUGUUAUUAAACAGCAGCUUGAGAAUGCCUCCAAUGGAUGGACAGCCUACAGGAUAGCCAGGCAGGCUUCCAGGAUGGGCAACCACGACAUGGCCAGAGAACUGUAUCAAAGCCUGCUGACUCAGGUGGCUUCAGAACACUUCUACUUCUGGCUGAACAGCCUGAAGGAGUUCUCCCAUGCAGAGCAGUGCCUGACAGGCCUGCAGGAGGACAACUACAGCUCCGCGCUCUCCUGCAUUGCCGAAGCCUUAAAAUCCUACCACAAAGGAAUAGCGUCACUGACGGCUGCUAGUACACCACUUAAUCCUCUGAGCUUUCAGUGUGGGUUUGUGAAACUCAGGAUUGACCUUCUGCAAGCUUUUUCUCAACUUAUUUGUACCUGCAACAGCCUAAAAACAAGUCCACCACCAGCUAUUGCCACAACGAUUGCUAUGACAUCGGGAAACGAUCUCCAAAGGUGUGGACGCAUCUCUAACCAGAUGAAACACUCCAUGGAGGAAUUCCGAAACUUGGCUACACGGUACGGAGAUCUGUAUCAGUCAUCUUUUGAUGCAGACUCAGCAACUCUAAGGAAUGUAGAACUACAACAGCAGAGCUGCCUGUUGAUUUCACAUGCAAUAGAAGCUCUGAUUUUGGAUCCAGAAUCUGCAAGUUUCCAGGAAUAUAGCUCAAAUGGAACAGCUCAUGUUGAAAGUGAAUAUGAAAGAAGAAUGAUGUCUGUAUUUAAUCAUGUACUAGAGGAAGUGGAAUCCCUCAACAGGAAAUAUGCUCCUGUGUCUUACUUGCAUACAGCUUGUCUGUGCAAUGCUGUCAUUGCCUUGUUGAAGGUGCCCCUUUCAUUUCAAAGGUACUUUUUCCAAAAGCUGCAGUCUACAAGUAUUAAGCUUGCUCUAUCCCCGUCUCCAAGGAACCCAGCAGAACCUAUAGCAGUACAAAACAACCAGCAAUUGGCCCUCAAGGUGGAAGGAGUGGUUCAGCACGGAUCUAAACCAGGCCUUUUCCGUAAAAUCCAGUCUGUCUGUCUAAAUGUCUCUUCAGUGCUGCAGAGCAAAUCUGGACAAGACUAUAAGAUUCCUAUCGACAACAUGACCAAUGAAAUGGAGCAGAGGGUGGAACCGCACAACGACUACUUCAGCACUCAGUUUCUGUUAAACUUUGUGAUCCUUGGCACCCACAACAUCACUGUGGAGUCCUCUGUGAUAGAUUCAAAUGGUAUUGUCUGGAAAACUGGGCCUAAAACAACUAUUUUUGUUAAGUCUCUUGAGGACCCGUACUCGCAGCAGGUUCGUCUCCAGCAGCAGCAAGGACAGCCUCCAUCCCAGCAGCAGCAGCAGAGAACCGCCUACUCACGGUUUUGAUUCCCAGAAGUGACUCCGUCCUGCUCAAUUGGUAUUGCAGUUUUUCUUGGACAUUUUUUUUUUUUAAUUUUUUUGGAAGACUUUUUAUUAUAACCUUCUCCUAGAAAGUCUCAGAUGCCAAUUUGUUGCUUUUUAAAUUAUCUGGGGUAAAUUUGAACUUGAUUCAGCCGAGGCAGCUGUUCAAAUUUGGAGUUGUGCUCUUACUAUAAACUUCUACCUGUUCUCUAACUUUGUUUACAAACCUGUUCCAGCAGACUUCAUAAACUAUGAUAGCAGGGGACACUAAGAGCUUGCUGACUGGUACUUUCCAUGCUAUUGCUUUUUGAAGCACAUAGGUUCUAAUGUUAGGCGUACAGGAUGUUGGGAAACACUUCACUUUGGCUGGUUAUACAGCAAUGAGUGUAAUACCAAGUGUGUAUCUUUUAAUGUGAAGGAAUGGGCAGGAAUAUCCAUAGAUUUUUUUUCUGACAUUUUAAUAGCAAGUUCCAGUAUUUGGCUGGUGUAUGUGUGUUGUUACAAUUCAUCAGCACUACUUAAUGCAUGCAGCUGAAAGGAAAAAAACUGCAGCUCACUUGUGAUACCCAGUCCUGCAGAGGGAGGAGAUUGCUUGAGGGGCUGCUGUCUGGGGAGUCUUGCAAGAGGCAGAGUUUUACAGGUGGGAAUAAUCACUGUCUCUCAGAUGAUAUAGAAAAUAUUACCAUGUUGUUUUUAAAUUUUCAUGCAUCUGUAUUUCUGAAGCCUUUCAUUUUGUUGGGGGUUUUUUUAUUUGCUCUUUUAAGAGGGAAAUUUAAAUGAAUGACAACUUGCAAGUUAACAGCUUUGUUCCUUAAAAGGAGUCUUCUAUACCAAAGGCUUUGUAAUCUUGUGUAGUCUUUGACCAGCUUUCUAAUCUUAAUUGUUAAUUUUACAAGAUAACUUGAAAUAGAAUUUUGCCAAUACUAGAAAUCGAUCCAGAAUAAUUUUGGAAAUACACUGCUUCAUACAUAAUUUUCAUGCUUCCUUUGUGAUAUAAAAGGCUGAACUCUGUGUCCAGACUUUCAGGCAGUAGAUCACAUAACAUGACCUUCACCUUCUCUUCAUAAAAAGUCUCUGCUUAUCACUCUGCAGGAAAGUAGGACCCACUUGAGUGAGGAGGAGGAAGGAUGGCUCUUACAGACUUCAGCUUGUAAAUGGCUUAAUCCCUCUCGCUGGAGCAGAAAUUUUUAUUGUUAUUUUCUCAGCAAAUUCCCAUGAUACUGUCAUUUCUUCAAGGUGAUUUCACUGUGGAGCCGACUGGAGCUUACAGAUUUUGCUCGCUUCAAGUGCAGAGAAUAUGAUAAUGAAUUGCUGUAAGCCGAGGCUUCCUUUGCAUAGCAGGAUGAAGAAUUUUUUUCUGUGUUACUCAUAGUAGUUCCUUUUGGCUUGAGACUCUCUAAAAAAAAUAAAAAUUGAAGUGAUGAUGCUAGAUGUCAUAAUAUCUUAGUCAGGCUGUAAUCCUAACUAGAAAAGAUAAUUGGGAUGAAAGGUUGAAACAGAAGACACAAAAGUGGGGAGAAGUUGAGCAGCAUACUCCUUAAAUGAUUUUGCUUUUGAACAGGAGACACAAAGUGCCACUGCCUUUCAAGCUGACUGAGGAAAUUGGUGGUUUCUGUCCCAGUUUUGUGGUUCCAUGCCUACAGCUUUGUGUGUGUGUUUAUACAUACAGCUGUGUGCACACAUGCAUAUAUGUACCUGUAGCUACAUCUAGUUAAAUGGUCCAGAAAGAGGUGAUUGACCUGGUGUUAUGUAUGCUCUCUGUCAGAUUGAAGAUCUGAACUCCUUGUGGUCAGCUGGGUUUUUUCAUUAAAGCCAUAGAUCAGUGUCUUUACCACAAAACCCUCUGUAUUUUAAUGCAAAAAAAAAAAAAGGAGGACUAAGAGGUCAAACAGUUCCUUUUAUCCUGCAUAAUGAAUGUGUGUUUCUUUCUCUGUUAUUGACCAAUAUGUUGGUGGAAAUCUUUGAUGGUGCCAUUCCAAAACAACUCAGAAAUUACAAGACACUGUUCUACACUGGGGAACAAACUUUUCUCGUAAGUCAUGUGAUGUUCCCAGUGCAUAGAUAAACUUAUGAGAAGCCUAGCAGGAACAAGCCCAGACUCAUCCAGGGAAAGCCCUGCUCUGGCCUGAAGCUUAACUGUCUGUGAGCUGGUAAGAUUAACCCUAGUACAGCUGAAAAAAGUGUUCCUUCUUUAAACAAGUCUGCUCACCUGAUCUGAGAGGCCUCUAGAACUCCAAGAACUUGUAUCAGUUUUAAAGCCAAGCAAAUACUAAUUGAAGCCUGAGAAUGUGGAUGUUAGGUAUGGGAGAUUGCAGGGGGAGGAAAAUUGCAAUUACUACUUAUUGGAAAUUAGCUCGUAUAGGAAGUUGGAUUGCUGUGCAAAUACCUGUAUUUCUAACAAACUCUGAAGGAUUUCUCAUGCUGGCUCAUUUGCAGGUUAAUUAUAUGUGUGUGCUGAUCAGGAAAGGCCCUGGACCUUUAGUAAAUUGUCCUUUUAUGUAAGCACAGUGUUUUAUGUUUUGUUAGAUUUGUAGUGAGGUUAUUCUUGGGGGUGUAUUUUGUUUGUUUUCUAACAUGGUGUAUUUUUAUUCCUAAUACACUGGGAAAUACACUUGUCAAUUCAACAGAAACCACGUGUUCCAUGGCAGACAAUUGCUCAAAAUACCUAAAGAGAAGUGAGGAAGCAAUAUGCAGAAAGCUGCUGUUGGAGCUAUCAGCAGUGAAUGUGAUCCUUGACUAUUAGUGGAAGCAGGGAGGUUAUUCUUGCUAGAUUCCUGCGUUCUGUUUCUGGUGCCUGUACUUGAAGAUGUGCAACAAAGAAUUUGGAAAGCACUUCUGACAUACGGACCCAACUUAAAUCUCCUUAGUGCUUCUCAGUAAACAAAGCAGUAACUUGAUUACUAUGCAUAGCUGCACACUGAUAAUGGAAGACAAUUCAGAUCUGUUUCACUUACUGGCAGAAGAAAGAAAAUAUUCAGUGGCUAGACAUUGGUCCUGAGACAGCUGCUAAGAAUUCAAACAACAGAAGGGCUUAUGCAGACAGCUACGUCAUGAUCUGUUCCUAAUCACUGAGAUACGCUUUCAUCUAGCUGGGAUAAAUUGUUGGGCUGAGCAGGAGGAGAGAUGAUUGAAUGAAGAUGACUGGAGGUGCUGGUAAUAUGUGCAGUUCAGCGUUAAGACAAUAGUUUGUGGUGCUUAGGCUCUGUAAUGUGACCUGGCUUCUCCUCAGAUGGUGGAGGAUGGUGUAGCCAGUUACUCUCGGAAGUACUUGCUGCUCACAUUCCUGUGAACAUGUGCUCAGGCAUGCCAGAAAGUGUCAUUUCUAGAUUCCUGGCUGAUCCCUUGCUCCAGGCAAUGUGGAACUGGAUGCAAGGCAGGGAAGGAAUGUCCGCUGUCAGAUUCUACCUUCCCCUGGAAUUUAGAGUGUAAUCUCCUGCUAAGGUCAUUCAAGUGUAUUUCAAAAAUGAUUCCCAAAGUUGCACUCAUCGUGGGUAUUCAUGGAAUCUUAGACUUCCUUUCCUAUUUUUGUUUCCUUGGAUAUGCCCUCAUCUUACCCAAGGACUGAUAUGCCUGAAUAUAGCUGAAGUUUUUGUAUUUUAUAGGGGAUAUAUUUUGACUUAAAUCCUGUGAAACUGUACUGGAAUUGCACAGGUCUAGAAGCAAGUUUAAUGGUUCUUUAAACAGGUGCAUAAACUUUUAAGAAUUAUUUAUUUAGUGAUACCACAACUUUAGUUUAAAACCCCACCAACCUACUGAAAGAAUUGAUAGGAUUUGAAUGAAUUAUAUUGCUUUCCUAAAAUAUCUUCUGAGUGAUAUUCAGUGCGUGUGUGUAUGCAUACAGAGAAAGAGAGAUCUCAUACAACACAGUAUGGAGGCAUCUUGCCUUCGAAUUGGCUUCAUUUCUUUUCUGGUUGUUGUCUUUCUGUUUGCCUAAAGUACUUGCUGUGUCCUUGGUCAGCAUAUUUACACACACGUCCUUUGAGUUCCUAACAGCAUCUUCCCUGAACAAUCUGUUCCCUUUGUGGCAGUGCAGGUGUACUCAGGUGUCUGCACUGUGCAAACCAAGAUGGCAGGGGGGAAAAAAUAGAGGGGGGGGGAACUUAGGAGCCCUGCCAGCUCUCAAAGCAGUUCUGAGUUGUGUAAAGCCCAAGAACUGGUAGCUCUCUCUGCUUGACUGCUGCAGCUCUGUGUCCAGCACUAUGGGAGCUGCUCUUGCUUCACAAACAUAGGUGCCUCCAAGGACACAACCUGGGAUGCUGAGCAAAAGCAGACUUACCCAGAACCUUGACAUUUUCACCUCCAAAGCAGAGAGAGUGAUUGAGACAAAAACACUUCUUGAAAUCAAAGGAAAAUUGAAUGCUACACUGCUUUUUUAACAAGGCAUAUUAUGCAGUGUUGCAGUUGCCCUCUCCCCCUCUGAAUUUUUAAGCCAGGUGCUGUUUUGUGUUACCAGGAAACAAGCCUAUCUUAGCGACCCCUGAUAGUUCCUGAGUUGUUUGUACUCCAAGGAACAUCUCUCUGACAAACAGCAGCUGCUCAAACUCACUACUGAAGUUACAGAUUACUGCAUUUCAGUGAGCAGUCAUCCCAGGUCUGCACUUCAGAAAGUUGCUCUACUCUGCUGAUUGUCAGCUGAGAAAUAAGAAGCUUUUUUUUGUUUCUUUGUUUUCUUAUUUGCAUUUAGGAUAAAGUCUUUACCUCUUGCUUGCCCACCUCCAAGUGAUGGUAUCAAAAUUAAGGGCAGCUUGGUCGUAUGUUAAUAAAGUUUGCACUUAGCCUCCUGAUCCAAGGAUCUUAGAUAAGGUAAGAGCAGUGUUCAGUGAAUUUUGAGAGAAAUUCUGAGGUUAGAAAGAGCCUGUAACAAUGCCUUAAACACUUUAGUCUGCUGGACACCUAACUAUAGUAAAAAGCUGAUUUUUCUUCUUGUCAGUGCUGAACCAGUGACUCAGUAGAGCAGUCAAGGAGAUACUGAAGCUCUUUUAUUGUAUAGAUAUAAAACUUAGGCCAUAGCCACUUCACAGACGUAAAAAUAAUCCUUUUUUUUCCCCUAUAGACAGGGAGUGUUACAUUUACAUUCCCUCAGAUAUGAGUGUGGAGUUCUCCAGAAGUCUCUUAAAACUGUGAUUAAUAAAAGCAAUUGUUUGGAAGGUUUUUUAAAUGGGUAUCAAUGGUGACUACAAAGCUUGAAAGAAGAUAGCAUAAAAUAAGAGACUUGUGUGGGUUGGCUGAUUUAAAAUACUUUUGCUCAACAGUUUAAGUAUGUGACUUGCUGGCAAUCCACUUUAUGGAGCCCUUCCUUGCUUCCUAGAAGCUCUAAAUUUAGGAAUGCAGUUAAUGUGAAAUUAAGAGCUGUCCGUGCUUAACACACAGCUAAGUACAGAGAAAAUCCAAGGAGUAGCAGUUGAGCUGGAAGAGACUGAGAUAAAUAUAAACUGAGUGUGAUGUGGAUGGGUGGACUCUGCCAAACAUGGUGGGGGAAUCUUCAGGGUACAGUUUCAUGCUUCACUUGACACCGUCUAGGUGUGUGGCAGUGCUGAAAAGGGACUCUCUUGUGCUUAUUCCUGACUCCAGCGUUGCUCUUUGGAUCAGAUCAUGAGUUUAUCCACUUAAAACAGUUCCAUUUGGCUAGGGUGUUUUUUCAGCUGGUUUGUGUUGUCUGGCUGUACAGCGACUUGGUCAAUGCAGGCAGUACAAGAAAGGUGCUGGGGAAGAUGUGUGGUGUAUCCUGGAAAUAAUAGUGAGCUGUUGGACUGGCUGACUGUGCACCUGCAGUGUAUUUCUGUAUUUAACAGGAGUCUGGAGGAAACAAUGUGUUCAUGUCCAUCUGAACUGUGGCUUUUCUGCAUGGGCAGCAGGAGUGGGCAGAGAGCACUGCAGUCAUUCCCAGCCAGCUGCGCAGCCUUCCCGGCUGCUCUGAGUCACCCCCACGAGUGAGUGAGGCAACAGGAGGGAAGGAAGGCCCUUUGGAGCAGUGGCUGGGGCCAAGCCUGUGUGAGUGUCAGUCUCUGCUCUGGAGCAGCUGAGGUGUGCUUGAAUAUGUCCAGAUUUGCCAGCAAUGCGUGUGGGCAGCAGCUCACAGUGGUGAGUGAUGAGGGCUUCUGACUCGCCUUUUUUCACCAAGUCCCAAGGUGUGCAGAGGUCAAGGUUUCAUGUAUUGCAGUUUGUACCAGUGUUAUUCCUACAUGAAUACUCAAAAGUUCUGGCUAAAGCUAGGCUUUUAUCCCUUAGCCUGAAAUCCACUGGCACUAGUUUCAUAUUUGCAGAAAUUGGUCUGUGCAAAUGACAGUGUCCAGACUAGAUCGCUGAGUGAAGUGGAUGGAGACCCCCUCAGAGCUGGUCACCCACUUCAGACACAGAGGAAAUUUCAGGAGUUGUAAUAAUUGACAAAAAAUGUAUGACUUCUUCAGAAGGUCUUUCCCUCAUUCCACGAGGGAGAAACAAAAGCAAUUUUAACUAAUUAGGCUAAUUAUUGCUGCUCAUCAGUGAAGCUGACACAUGUAAGCAGUGAGCUGGUCCUUCCUCCAAUGUACAAACUCUAAUAGUUUAUUUCCUUUAUCUCUGUCUGUCACCAGUAGUGAAUUGAUGUGCAUUUUCACCCUUGCAGAGGAAAAGGUUUUCCUGACAGCCUUCUGUGCCAUGUGAGAGAGAUGCAGGAGCUUUCCUUGUUUCUCCUGUUGUAAGGGUUUAAGUUUUAAUGUGGACAAAGUCUUUGUUAGUUGGGUAGGAAUUUCUGAGAGUGCAUCUGGGUAGUACAAGCCACAUCACAGAUCCACUACAGAGAUUUGUAUUUCUGUUAGCCUAUGUAAAUUCGGUCAAGAACAAAUAUAUACACUGAUUUUCAUUUUUGGGGGAGUGGGUCAAUAGAGAUGAACCAGAAGAAUAGCUUGAAGGCUUUAGGUUUAGUUGUAGUUCUGGUAUUUCAGCCUGACCCUAAAAAAAGCACCCAAUUGUGCUGGCUUUCCUAUUUAAAACAAAACCAAACCAGAUAACAACAACAAACCCCUAAUUCUUUGUUUUGCUGUUUAGAGCUUUAGGAAAUCACUAUGGUCAUACAAAAUACUGUUCUGUUUUGUGGAGGGAUAUUUUUUCUUCUUGUGUAGGAAAAGAGAGGAUACAACCCAUGACUCUUAACUGUGCUGCAAUGCCUCCAGUAGUUCAACUUGGCAAGAUAACAAAACCACUGCAGAACUUAAAAGGUAAUUAAUGCAUUUGAGAAAAAAUAUUUUUAAAUGCCAUGCUGAUGAAUCAGUUUGUUGGAUUUUUUUUAUUAAACCUUUUUUCAACAAAAACCAGUAUUGCAGAUCAGGUACUCAUGUUCAGGUCUGCCCUUUAGGGAUGUGAGUGUACUAAAUAGCAGAUGGGAAUGUUGAUGAUUCACUGAAUAUGUGUAAACACUACCUCACCAGAAAGCUUAACAAGAGGGAUAUGGAACUUGAAAUUUGUUUUCAAUGAGGCCUGCUCUGUAGUACAAAUACAGUGAGUUCUUGCUGUGAGAAGACAGAUGGGAAAGCCCUCUGUGAUGCCUGUCUAAUCACCUGAGAUGUGCCUUUCUGCUGCUCUUUGUGCUUUCUGGGCACUGCCCUUCCAGUCAUGGCUAAUAACAGCACUUAGAGGCUGUUCUGGUUUCAGACAUCCACUGCCAAGUCAGCCCCUGUUUACCUGUGAUGUGGUUUUUCUGAUUCAUGAGUUCUCACCUGUGUGUGACCACUUAUCUCCUCCUGGCAGAGAUGAAAAUAUUCUUUGCUAUGAAAAACUGCUGGGAGCUUGACAUCCUCUUCCUGUAAAUCUUUGACCACUUCCAGCAGCUUCAAGGCAGCCCAGGGAGAAGUUGGCAUUGACCACUUCAAGUACUCUGCUGUGCAAUCUGAAUAAAUUUGAAAAAUGCCUCUUUUAAUCUCUUGAGCUUUUACUUUCAGCUGCUUCUCUCCAAUGAUGACAGCCAUAAAUCAUGCUUAGCAUAAUCUCAUUCCUCAUUUUUAUUUUUAGUAAUUGACUCCAGGAAGCGUGGCUUAAAAAAAAUAAGUUUAAAAAGAGCCAAAUGCUCAGUAAAAUCUGUCCUUCCAAAAAAAAAAAUCUGUCCUUCCACCAGGAUUGUUUGACAAUUCAGUUAGUUUUGGUUUGACCUUCAAAUGCCCAGUCUUGCUGGGCUGUGCCUGAUACUUGGCCAUUCAAGGAGUAAACGAUAAGCAGCACAGGAACUUGAAAGAAGUUUUACAAGCCAAGUGUCUUCCACUCCAUCCUGUGGGUGGGACUUGGGUAGCACUUGCAUGACCCGCAGUUGAUAAAAGUUGAUGGCAAAUUAGUAAUUGAAAAAUUUAUCACUGUAAUUAUCAUCUGGUUUGUUUCCUCAUCUCCACCCUUUGGAAGAGAUAAAAAACCCCAGCAUCCUCUGGUUGUGCUCACAGAAAUGAUUACAAGUAAUAAAUUUAUUUAGUACACUAGAGUAUAGAAAUACUGAGAUCACUGUGAAGAAAAACACAACUCCCUUUGUCCUUUAUCUUUACUUCAGGAAGACUUUGACCAGUGUUUUAAAGAAGCUGUGGAGCCUGGGUUAGUCACAGCAGUUCAGCUGUUUGAGCAGUGAUUCAUUUGUACCCAUUCUUAGUUCUAGCUGUGGUGUUGGUAAUGAAAAACUGACAGCUGAAAUUAGAGGACUGAGGUGGAAAGGACUUUGUCCAGCAGGAGAGCAUCAAUCUACAGCUGUUCUUCCUGAGAUAUAAUUUGUUCACCAGUGAUUUGAUUACUCAACAGUCUACAUGGAUUCACAAGCCAUUCACAGGAAUUGAAUUUCUAAACAAAAUGUAGACAAAAGUUUCCUUUAAUGUAGGACAAAUCCCCCUAACGCUGUAGUAGGGUUGACACUGGGCACAGGAUGUCUGCCAUAGUUCUAUGUUGGACUGCUGUUAAAAUGAGGUGCAUAAUUCAUGUUCAGCACAGGCAGUUGAGACCAUGACUCAUUUGUGCCUCACUAAAAUAUUAAACUUCCAGGCCACUUCAAUUACAAGCCUGGCAAGACAUACAACCUGAUACAGUAAAAUAUUUAUCUGUGUUAUCCAGGCAAUGGCAAAAGAAUCCAGUUGUGACAAAGAAUGGUACUUGUGAUUAAUUAUUUAAUUAGUUUCUUUAAUCAUUUUGGCUACCUAGGAGUAGAAGGAGCUGCAGUUGCAUGGACAUUCCACUUACUAAAGUAUUUUGGAGAUGCAUGAAAGCUUUGUAUCUUCAGGAAUGUAAGCUUUUAAAGUAUUUGUGCAUAUGUAAACAACUGUUACUCUGAAGGAGGGUGGAAGAUAAGAGAAACUGGACAAACUUACACUUCUAUAAUAGCAAAGAUUAAAGAUGAAUUCUAAAAGAGAAUCUGAAAAAGAGCUCGAGGUAUCUGAGUUUUGAGGAGGGGGAAAUACAGUGCAUUUAAUAAAUGCACUCAAAUAGCACAUGUUAAGUAAUGAAGCUCUGCUGAUUAAAGACUAAUUUAAAUGUUCUCAAUGAUUAGGUCUAAUGUAACAGAAUUAGUGCUUCUGAACUGCUAAAACAGGAACCUUGUCCAUGAGCAUUCUUUUUCCUCUAGCUGGAAGCAAUAGCUAGAUUUUACAUGCAUUGUAUCGUAGAUCCAAAAUUCAAUUUUUUUGUGUUUAAAUAGGCAGCCCUGUUGAGGUCUGUUUGCAGACAACAGAUGUACUUAGCAGUGGACUUUGCCUGGAACUGAAUGCAUGCAAAUGGCUCCACAUGUGAAACUGUAGAAUGCACUGAAAAAUCUGAGUAUUCCAGCUCAUGUUUCCCUGCAUAAUGAAGUCACUGACUAGGAUGAUCAGAUUAUAAAAAGUCAUCUUUGGUGUUUAUAUAAUACCUAGGUUCAGCUGAACUGUUUUUAAUCAGGAAUUCAUAUUGUUUAUCUUGUAUGUUCAUUUAUAUCCUUUCAUCAUGCAUUUGCAUACAUUGUGCUGACCUUUUGUGGAAACCCUGCAGGAUUUUUAUAACAGUUCAGCUGAAAUUCGAUGUGAACUUGAUCAGCUGUUACAGGCUGGGUAGGAUCUCAGCAACACAGCUCACAGGGUGAAGAGCUUCUGUGAACAAGGGUACAGAGAGUUUUUCUCUGGUACUCAAUGCUUUUCUACUGGAACAGAAUGUUAAUCCAUUUAUUUUGUAAGGAUAUUUAAUUUUUCAUCUGUUUUUAAAGAUGGUGACCAGAGACUGCGGGGUUUUGGCAGCUGCUGAUCUCUGAGCUGCAGCAUUGCAAGACUCAAGUUGCAAGUCGAUGUUUUUAUCUUUUUGUUUUGAUCAUAAAGUCAAGUAGUGGUGUUUUCUAAGGCCUCUGGCAAAUAGAGGUGAAGAAUGACUGCUCCUGGGUGUGUUGGUUACAGCAGUGAUUUGCAAGUCUUCCUGACUUUAUGCAAUGGUUUAGACUUCUCCAGGGUGUAUUACGUAGUGUAUUUGAGCAAUCUUGAUCAACUUUUUUCCCUGCAAUCUAUUACCUUCAUUCUACAAAUUAACAAGUGGAAUUCUACUCAGUUGUGUCUUCAUUCAGCUGCCAACUUGCACUUUUUCAUCCAUCUCCUCGAGACAUAAUUUGUAGCUUCUAACAGGUCAUCCUGCACAGCAGUGCUUGCACGCAGUCCUUCCAAAUAUACCUACUGAUUCUGUAAUUCCCUGAAGUUACCUUUGCAAAAGUUGUGAUGCUUAUGAGUUUCUGUCAGAGAGGAGGAGGAGCAGAAUGAGGUGGGAAAAGCUGUGCAUGUGUGUGGUGGGCAGCAGUACAGAUCAGCCUCGCAGCUUGACAGUCAGUGGCUGCCUCUGCCUGACCGUGCGUGUUAGGGCUGCUCCCUUCCUUGCUCACCUUUCACAGGGAAAAUUUAGUGGCCAGGAGCAAGUGUGAAGGCACCUGGCAGCAUAAUGAAUGGCAGAGAUUCCUCAACUGGAAUGUGAGCCUUUCUGCUGUGGAUUUGGACAGGUGUAAUUUAUGUUUGCUUGCAGUCCUAGAUACUGUUGCUGCCAUCUUGGAGAGCGGAGCCCAGGGAAUGUUUUUGUCCAUUCAUCUAACGACUGAUGUUGGUUUAGGUUUGGGGUUGGUUGGCUGGGGGUGUUGUUUGUUUGUUUUUUAAUGUGUACCACAUCCCUAGGGGAGGGAUGAUCAAUAUUCAAGGAAUGUAACAACUCCUAUACUACCUCCACUUGGAGACAGAAGUUACCACAAUAAGAGCAUGUGUUGUAGGGAGUGGAAUGUGCAAUAUAAUUUACAUACUCCAAAUUACCGGCCUCCACCCCAACCUGAGACAGCAAUAGCUGCUGUGGAACUAGAAGGUGUCAAGCCUCUGCUUCCAUUCCUCCCUGCCAUCAGGAAAAGAAAGAGUUUAUCACUGGGCAUGGUAGAUACUCCUGGAGAUGCUCAUGUCUGAGACACUGCCCUGGCCACGGCUGCUCCCUGCUAGGUUGUCAGCUGGUAAUCUCAGGCACCAAGAUAGGCUGGAAUUCAAGGACCACCCCAUAGUAUGUCCUGUUUCUUCACCAGUCAAGCUUGAGACCCCUUAUUAACAAGCUGUAACAAAUGCAACAUAAUUUGUUCUUCAACUGUUGUUUAUUUUUGUGUUCAUCUUUGGUGGCGUUGCCUUGGUAAGUGUCUAACUCAGUCAUCACUGAGUACUAACAAUGGAAAAGAGGAUGCAAGGCUGGGUUUGGGAGGCAAUAUUCCCUGGAAUACACAAGUACAGAGAAGAGAACAUUAAGUAGUGGGUUAAAUACUCAAGCCUACGCUCUGCUGUAUCUAGCUAUUCCUCCAGCAUAUUACUGCUUUGAUCCAUACUUACAGUUUGCCAGUCAAGACACAUUUUAUGACAAGAUAACAUUUUACUUACUUUUUUCCCAUUCUUGCUCUGACUGGCACUUUCUGCUUCUCUGUAAAUGUUUGGCCUAAAAGGUUUGAAUUAAUGUCUUCUCUUUAGACAGAUGCUGCCAUUUAGAAGUGUUAUCUGAAAGGCAUGCAAUUAAUUCUUGACCUCAAUUAAGUCAGUACAAAGUUCUCACAGCUGAGUGUGAUAAGCAGUUAUGGUUCUAUGAUACUGAAUUUGCUGUGAUGUACCAUUCAGCAUUAACACAAGGCACAUCUUGUUUGAUAAUUUUUCAGAAUCUCAACACAUCAGCUUGUUGUCUUCUCCUUCCUCCUCCCCUCCAAAUCUAAUUAUAGUGGCUUCCACUGCUGUCUGUCAGUCUUGACAGCUUUAAGUGGAAGCAAGUGGAAAGAUCUGAGUUCUACCACUAACCAGACUUUAUUUAUCAAUCUCCAAAUGACAUUUAAUACAAUUUUUCAACCUUAAAGCUGGGGAUGGAUCCCCACCUGAACAACAUGGUGGAUGGUGGGUGUCCUGCUCAGAGCCUACAAUUUCCACUGGAAACCUCGGGGCUGUAGAGCAGGGAGGUGAAAGCUGGGACCUUAGAGAAACUUGCAUUUGAGACAGUGUGAGAUGAGGCAUAAAGCACUGGUAGGUGCUCCAGCCUGGGCCACGUGGGAUUGACAAGGGGGUGUACAGAUUCAGAGGAGCUCAGUGAAACUGGGACUACUGAUAUUUCUAUAUGGAGAAAAAGAGAGAAGAGUGGAGCAGAUGGUUGAAAGGGUUUUUAUCUUCUACUUGCAUCACUUCUGUUUAAUAAAAGGAGUUUCUGUUGUGUUUUUA